UUCUCUCAUGUGCUUUUUAAUGUAAAAAAAAAAAAACUUAAAAUUUAUUAAACAUGCGAUGCGAUGUAUUUUACUAAGUUCAUAGGAAAUAAUAAUUCUAUAAAUUAUUUAACGUUUAAUUGGCCACCAGUACAAAAAAAAAAUAAGAGAAUCUUUUUAUUGGGACAACUAACUCAUUUGUCCUUGUAGUGAGAAAGUCCAUCUCUAUGAUUUAGACCAUUUCUGGAAACCAUCCAAUGAACGGCUCAUCACUGCCCCCCACACGGACCUGCUUAUCUUGUUUAUCAACCACCGGGUCCCAACCAUCUCACAACUCCCUUCUCAUCCAGCGGUCACAACUCUAUCCACACCUGAAAAAUCUCACCAUCUAACGGUUCACACUAAUACCUUCUCUCAUUUAAGUUGCACCCAUGAAACACCACAUCAUAUCUAUAAACCAGCCACUCUUCUUCACCCUUCUUCUUUCCCAGACUUUCAGGCUUUCAUUUCAUCACUCCCACUUCUUCUUCUUCUUCUUCUUCUUCAUAAGAAAAGAAACAUAUAUAUAGAUGUCAAGCCCUCAUGAGCUCCCUCCAGGUUUCAGGUUCUACCCAACUGAUGAGGAACUAAUAGUGCACUACUUGAGAAACCGGGAAGCUUCACUGCCAUCUCCGGCGAGCAUCAUCGGAGAAGUAGACAUCUAUAAGUUUGAUCCAUGGGACCUACCUGCAAAGGCGACGUUUGGAGAUAAAGAAUGGUACUUUUUUAGUCCAAGAGAACGCAAGUAUCCGAACGGUGUCAGGCCAAACCGGGCGGCUGGUUCCGGUUACUGGAAGGCUACUGGCACUGAUAAGAAAAUAGUUUCCGGCAAGGAGAACGUUGGUGUCAAAAAGGCUUUGGUUUUUUAUCAAGGAAAGCCUCCCAAGGGACACAAGACUAAUUGGAUCAUGCAUGAGUAUCGCCUUUCUCAACCUAUAAAGCUGGGCGAUUGGGUUUUGUGCCGUAUUUACAAGAAGAGUAGUCAUCUUUGGGAUUUAGAACAGGAAGGAUCUAGUGUGGAGGAUAUUCAUACAUCGAAUCCGAAAAAUAACAAGCAAGUAAACACUCUCAAAGCCGAGAAAUCGAUCUCUUUGUCGGACCUCCUUAAUGAAGCAGACUACUCAACACUGUCUCAAUUGUUUGAUAUGGAUCAAAGCAUGAACAUGGUUCAAACCAGUGUGAAUUGUCAGCCUUUAGUCCAUGAAAGCAACGGUGGUCAAAGCAAUACAGAAACAGGGUGCUCUGUUUUGAAAGAAGAGAAGAGUUUGAAAAGGCAGAGACCAGUUCAUUUUUACUCAGAGGAGGAGAUUGAUGAUAUUUUAAUACCAUCAAAGAAGAGCAAUAGCAGUAAUAAUUCCUACUUUUCAAACCAGUUUUAUAGCCCACAGUGCAACUUGCUGAACCAACACUUGUUGUUAAACCCUCAGUUAAGGUUGCAGUAAUCAGCUUGGAGACAUACCAGUACAACACUUAAAACAUAUAGAAAGGCAUAAACUUUUUUCCUCUAUACUUAGCUUGUGUGUUUAUACAAAAAAACAGGUUGUUGUUGUUGAUGAUGAUGAUGAUGAUGAUGAAAAUGAUGAAAAUGAUGUUAAUGUUGUUCUUGUUGUUGUUGUUGUUGUAUACAUUGACUGGUUUUGCAAUUAGAUUUGAAAUAAUUUUAAAGUUCUA